AUGGGCUCUGGCCGGGUCGGAGCUGUGGAAACACCACUCGAGUCUGUGUACGACGAGUCCCCCCCGAGCACGGGCGGGAACAAGAGAUCAAAACGUCUGUCAAUUCAAGAGAUCCUUGACCGGGCUUGGGACGAGGACGGCAAGAUUAUGGAGGAAGACGAGUCAAACUUCACUCCAGUCCGCAUGCCACAUCGGUCCACGGUCAAUCACGUUAGGCGUGAGCUGCGAGAAGACCCUCGCUUCGGUCUGGGCCCAUCAACGAGCAACGAGGUUGCCAGGGACACGCCCAACUGUGACAGGUCUUCUCUCGGUGCUGACUUUGACGAGGACUGGACCAGAGAUGACGAUGACGCACCAGUCAAUGCCCUAUCACCUCCUUCAAAAGGCAGUUCUCUCAGCUCUAGUUGCAUGAAUCCCAAUGUUCGUCUAGCGUUGGCCAGCAUUGGUGGCAACAACUCGAAUCCUUCUUCAAAGCCACCGCCAUCAAGCAGCGAACGUUUUGUCGGCAACCUAUUUGAUUGGAGCGAGCAACCCUUCCAUGACAAGCAGGAUCCGGCGUGUCAUUCUCGGCCCAAGACAGCUUACGGUAAACAGGAAAUUGGCUCUAGAGGAGGUCGAUCUGUCAUUCGCAAGGGACCAAUGCCCGCGCACGUCCGGAGCCAAAGUGUCCCUGUAGUACACGAUCCCCCUGACGAAUUAAUACCUACGGGAUCCAAGUAUGGGACGUGGGGGCUUGGCACGAAAACCGUUAGCGAAGAUUGGGACGAGGAUUUUGAAUUUGCAGGUCCCAGUGACGGGCCAGACGCCAAAGAUUUGUUCGCCGUCCCUGAAUCAAUUCGUGCCUCACAACCCAGCGUCAAGGCCCACUCUGGUCAAAUCCGAGAGUUGUCUCUCCUCGUCAACGACCUGAAACGACUCUGUCGCCAUGGCCGGGAGCUGAAUAUGUUGAGUGGCGAGCAGAAACCACUCUGGAAGGAGGCUGAGGGUAUCAUUGCCUUGGCUUCUCCGGACGAGGGACCUGCGAAUGAUGAUCAGUCAGAGGUCUCGGUUUACAUUGAUGCCUUUGAAGCUGCAAGCCCCCCAAGGGAUGAAGACAACGUUGACGACGACCCGUCAAUCGACAGGUUGGAUGCCGUCAUUGAGCACAACGAGCCAGCCAUGUCCAAGACGGCUGUUGUCCGUGAACGGCAAUCCCCGCGACGGCGAUCCGUCUUCUCUCCAGAUGAUGACAUUUUUGGAGCAAAUUGGCCCUUGGCGGAUGACCGUCCACUCUCUGAUCGCCCCAGCCGACCGCGUACACCCGAAAACCAGCUAGUCAAGCCUCAGGGCGUAAAUGGCGUCGUGAGGUCUGUCAUAGAAUCUGUUCAACAUCGCUCUAGUCCGGCAACCGCCGAGCCUCCCGCAAUAGGGUCUCGCAAGGGCUACACCGGCACUAGUAGGGUGCAUUUCGAUACCAACAGUUUGAAAGCAUUGGUCAGGAGAGCUGGAGAAUUGCGUGAUGUCCUGUCCGACCUCAUACGGAGGGCUGACCAGCUGACACAAAGCCCGGCCCGAACUCCACGACACGAGAGACGCUUGGAUUCGAGUCCUGCCUUUACAAGGGUUUUUGACGAUCCGGGAUCUAGCCCGGCCCGGCGGCCCACGAGGAGUCGUGGUAACAGCAGCACCAACGUUGAGCGGCCUUCAUCUGAGAACUCACCACCGUCAAAUAUUGGCCGCCGCGUCCCGUUGAUGACGGUGAACUAG